UUGCAAAGGCCCUUUCUUUCCUGCCGGCACCGCUCAAAUGGUGGAAACUGAAGGAAGCAAAGUCUUCGCCGAUAACCAGAGCAAACCCCCGCCGGCGACUAUGGUUUCGCCGGAGGAAGCUCUCCAGAUCGUUCUGAGGGUGGCUCGCCGGCUGCCACCGGUCACCGUACCCCUUCACGAAGCUCUGGGCAAGGUUUUGGCUGAAGACGUCACUGCCCCUGAUCCUCUACCUCCUUACCCAGCCUCCGUCAAGGAUGGAUAUGCUGUAAUUGCCUCUGAUGGGCCUGGCGAAUACCCCAUAAUUACAGAAUCAAGAGCAGGAAAUGAUGGAGUUGGUGUGACUGUGACUCCUGGAACUGUUGCAUAUGUAACAACUGGAGGACCAAUACCUGAUGGUGCCGAUGCAGUUGUUCAAGUGGAAGAUACUGAACUUGUAAAUAGUUCGUCAGGUGAAGGGAAGAGAGUAAGAAUAUUGGUGCAAACUAGCAGGGGGGUUGAUAUUCGUCCAGUGGGAUUUGACAUAAAGAAAGAUGCUGAAAUACUGAAAUCCGGGCAGCGACUAGGUGCUGCAGAAAUUGGGCUACUUGCCACUGCGGGAAUGAUGAUGGUAAAGGUAUAUCCUUCCCCAACAAUUGCUGUGCUUUCUACAGGAGAUGAACUUGUAGAGCCAACAACUGGUUGUUUAAGUCGUGGCCAGAUUAGGGACUCCAACCGUCCUAUGAUUCUUGCAGCUGCAGUGCAACAGCAGUGCAAGGUUCUAGACCUUGGUAUAGCUGGAGAUGAUGAAGAAAAGAUAGAGAGGAUUUUGGAUGGUGCCUUCUCUGCUGGAAUAGACAUUCUUUUAACUUCGGGCGGUGUUUCAAUGGGAGACAGGGAUUUUGUCAAGCCUUUGCUUGAAAAGAAAGGGAAAGUACAUUUUCAUAAGGUUUGCAUGAAACCAGGAAAGCCUCUUACAUUUGCUGAAAUUGUUCCAGAAUCACCAAGUAACAUGAAGUCAAACAAGAUUCUUGCAUUUGGGUUACCUGGAAAUCCAGUGAGCUGUUUACUAUGUUUCCAUCUCUUUGUGGUCCCUACGAUUUUCCGUCUUACAGGAUGGUCAAAUCCUCACCUCCCAAGAGUGCAAGCUCGUCUUAAGCAGUCCGUAAAAACAGAUCCAGUUCGUCCAGAAUUUCAUCGUGCCAUUGUGAGGUGGGAGGUCAAUGAUGGGUCUGGCAGUCCAGGAUUUGUUGCUGAGAGCACAGGCCAUCAGAUGAGUAGUCGGCUUUUAAGUAUGAAGUCAGCAAAUGCUUUCUUAGAAGUGCCACCAUCAGGGAGCGAAAUAUAUGCAGGAACUACUGUGACAGCCAUUUUAAUUUCUGAUUUUAGCAGUUAUUCUAUGAGCAAGGGUUUGGAAUCACCAGAUUUAGGUUUUUCUACACAAGGACACAUGUCGCAUGAUGUUGUAACGGCAUAUGAUUAUAAAGGUUCUGAGUUUAGAGUAGCUAUCCUCACAGUGAGUGAUACAGUUGCAUCAGGUGCUGGGCCUGACCGAAGUGGUCCAAGGGCAGUUUCUGUGGUUAAUUUCGCAUCAGAGAGAUUAGGAGGAGCAAAGGUAGUUAUGACAGCUGUUGUUCCUGAUGAGGUGCCUAAAAUCAAGGAUGUUUUGAAGAGAUGGAGUGAUGUUGACAAAGUUGAUCUCAUUCUUACACUUGGUGGUACUGGUUUCACCCCAAGAGAUGUCACCCCUGAAGCAACAAAAGAUUUGAUAGAGAAGGAAACUCCUGGUCUUCUGUAUGUCAUGAUGCAAGAAAGUCUGAAGGUUACACCUUUUGCUAUGCUUUCACGCUCUGCAGCUGGAAUAAGAGGAUCAACGUUGAUCAUCAACAUGCCGGGGAAUCCAAAUGCAGUUGCCGAGUGCAUGGAUGCUUUGUUACCCGCUCUCAAGCAUGCUUUGAAGCAGAUAAAGGGGGAGAAGAGGGAGAAGCAUCCUCGUCAUGUCCCCCAUGCCCAAGCAGAUACUUGGCAACGUAGUUUCGAAUCGGCUUCUGGUGGUGGCAAGGAAACUGGUUGUUCCUGCUCCCAUUAGAUCAACUUGACAGGUAGCAGCAGCUUAAAGCAAGUUUUGUGUAUUUUGGGUCUGAUAUGUAACAGAGGUGCUUUUUUUAGGCACAAUGGUUCUGGAUGCAUGUUUGUAUAGGAAGGAGGAGUAUUGUUUUGGAUGGGGAUUAAAGCAGGAAAGAAUGGUAGCAAUACAGUUCAAGGAUGAGAGAAUCUGUGGAAUAUAUAAUAUAUGAAGCAAUUGCUGUUGCUGGUGGGUAAUAUUAAAAUCUCUCUUGAUCACAUGUCGACGAAUAGAAGCGAACCUCUUAUUAGAGAGACCCAAAAACCCACACUGGAAUCAUUGAUUCCACCUAAAUAGGAACACUAUUUUAGCAUACAAAAAAUUGUACGUACGAUCAACAUCGCCAAUUCAAAUGUCCAUUUCCCACGAACACUCUAUUGUGUUUGUACUGUUCUGGCGAUAAUCUUUAAGGGGAGGAUAAUUGGAUAUAAAUUUAGUAAUCUUUUCUUAA